UGAGAGGACAGGCCCAGCUUCUCAGAGUCGAAACGGACUGCUCACCCGUGAAGUCUGACCACGCCUGUCGUUGUAAAGAUGAGGUCAGUUGCGACAGCAGUAGCACAGGACACACCAAGCUGAAAGGAAACCUUCAUUCAAUGUUCAUCUUUUAUUGACAAGAAACCUUUGAUUGAAAAAGUAUAAAUGGCCGAAGAAGUAUUGAUUACGUCACCGGGGAAAAUAACAUCGCACCUCACCUCAUCCCUGUUGGCAGUGGCAUUCCUCACCUCAUUUGGUAGCUCUAUGCUCUAUGGCUAUAACUUGGCAGUGGUCAACUCUCCUGCAGGGUACAUUAAGGACUUCUAUAACCGUACUGUUGUGAGUCGAAAUGGAACGGGGCUGAAUGGAGAGGCGCUGACGCUCAUGUACUCACUGACCGUGUCCGUCUUUGCCAUCGGAGGCCUGAUCGGCUCCUUGAUGGUGGGCAUGCUCGUCACAAAAUUUGGAAGGAAAGGAACCGUCGUCAACUCCACUGUGCUGGUCUUCAUAGCUGGCUCCCUGAUGGGCUUCAGCAGAAUCUGUGGCUCUCCUGAAAUGGUCAUUUUUGGCCGUUUCGUCACAGGAAUACAUUCAGGGAUCUCUCUGAGUGUGGUGCCGAUGUAUCUGGGUGAGAUUGCUCCCAAAAACCUGAGAGGCUUCCUUGGCCUCGUGCCUAGUAUUUUUAUCUGCAUUGGCGUGUUCUCUGCUCAGCUCCUGGGCCUGCAUGAACUCCUUGGAAAGGAGGAGCAUUGGCCCUUGUUCCUCUCCCUAGUGGUUGUCCCAACAUUCGUUCAGCUGAUGCUGUUGCCAUGGUUUCCAGAAAGUCCUCGUUAUUUGUUGAUUGAGAAGCAUAAUGUCCAUGCCACCAUCACAGCUCUGAAAUGGUACAGAGCCAAAUGUAACAUUCAGGCUGAGAUUGAGGAAAUGCAGGAGGAGCAGCGCUCUCUGUCCACGGUGGAGACCGUGUCUGUCUGGCAGCUGCUGCUGGACCCUACAGUCCGCUGGCAGGUCCUCUCUGUGGUCAUCAUUAACAUCGGGAUGCAGCUGUCUGGUAUUGAUGCAAUCUGGUUCUACACCAAUGACAUCUUCGAGAAUGCUGGGAUUCCGGCCCCUGAGAUCCCGUACACCACCGUAGGAACAGGGGCCAUAGAGAUCAUUGCAGGCCUCAUAGGGUGCUUCACUAUUGAGCGGCUGGGAAGAAGGCCGUUGAUCAUUGGGGGUUUUGCAGUCAUGGGAAUGUGUUGUGCUGGGAUAACAGUUUCCCUCAUACUACAGGUGCAUGUGCAAUUCAUGAAGUAUGUAAGUGUGGGCUGUGUUGUCGGCAUCAUUGCUGGGUUCUGUAUAGGACCAGCUGGUGUUCCGUUCCUGAUCACGGCCGAGCUCUUUAAGCAGUCUCACCGUCCUGCUGCGUAUACUGUGGGAGGCUCUCUGAACUGGAUGUCCAACUUCACCAUUGGCUUUAUCUUCCCUUUCUUACAGAUGUCUGCUGGAUCCUACUGCUACCUGGUGUUCAGCAGUGUGUGCUUAGCAGUAGCUAUCUAUGUGUUCUUCGUCAUUCCUGAGACAAAGAACAAGACGUUUGUGGAGAUCAGUCAGAUGUUUGCCACUAAAGAGGCAGUGGUAGAGAGCCAGGCCCUCAGUCAGCCGGAUCAGCUCAAACUGAAGAAGAUGAACGGAUAUGGAACGCUAGAAAACGGCUCACUUGAGUUCGACAGCUCCUCCUCCUGUCCCUGAUCCCAGAGAGGGAGAAUUUAAUCAUGUGCUCUGUUUCUGUUUUCAGCAGGUUCUACAUGGCUCAGUUAACUAUUUUCUGAGCCAGCGCAUACAUUAUGUGGCCAUUAUGUCACAUAUUAAUAGAACCUGUAAGAAUUUUAAGAAUAUUUAUUCAGUGGUAUAGUCUAUUCAAAUACAGAUUGUGUUUUUAUAUAUUACUUGGAGAUUUGUGAAAACACCUUGCUUGAAACCUAAUUAAUGCUGUAUUUUCUGAAGUAAUUUCUUUAACAUUGAAACAAAGGUGCAUUUGUCUUCAAUCUUUGUAAUAAAGGAUAUUGUUUGUUAGAGAAUAUAUAUGACUUAUACACAAGAUGGUUGUAUAAAGAUGAUGUAUUUUCUGUUAUAGGACUCCGGCUUAUUAGAAAAAUAGAAAUGAAGUUAUUGUAUAUGUGUCGUAUAACAGUGUACAUAGAUGCUGUAUCAGACUUUCCUCUUCUUGAUUUUAUUCUGACAGACGUUCUGAUAGAUCUUUGCACAUGAUAUUGGUCACUCUGUUGAAAUGCUGAUUUAUCUCAGUGAGAGCUGUUGUAAUGUUGCAAUACAACUUCAAGCUCAAUUUAUGACAUGGCUAUCUUUUAAUUUCAACAUUAUCCCGUUAUUUUUUUAUGUUAGUAUAUUUGUAGUCAUGCUGUCAAGACUGUCAU